GGGACCAGCGCGCGCAGCCUCGCCCUCUGGCUGGGCGCCCGCUGAGUGCGCGUUGGGGGCGGAAGGGGAUCGGUGAUCUCCGGGGAGGUCGAGGCCGGGGCUCCCACCCAGAACUGGAGCAGCGUCGCGGCAGCCCGACUGAACCUCUGUGUGUAUAUAUGCCUGCCCAGGGAGACAUGGACAACUGUUUCGUCGCGGCGAUGCUGACCGGGGUGGACAGACGUUCCCUGCAGCGCUCAGCUAGACUGGGUCAAGAAGUGCUGGAGCGGGCCAAGAGGCGGGCGGUGGACUGGCAUUCACAUGAGCGCCCCAAAGGCAGCAUGGGGAUUCUUUCCCGGGAGGGGUCUUACCAAGAAAGACUACUGGCAGCGGGCCCCCAGCCUUUUCUUCCAGUAGAGAGAGAAGAAAGGCACCCAACCCUUAGUGCAUCCUUCAGAACAAUGGCUGAAUUCAUGGACUAUACUUCAAGUCAGUGUGGGAAAUAUUAUUCAUCUGUGGCAGAGGAAGGAGGGGCAACCCAUGUCUAUCGUUAUCACAGAGGGAAGUCGGAGCUAGACAUGUACUCUUACAGAAGGCAUGGUCAGAAAAAUGACAGAGAAAAGACAUCCCUCAGUUCAGGAAGCAUCUAUGAAACAUUAGCACAUGCUGCAGAGUCAUCCCAGCCGGCUGAGAACAUCUCAAAGGACCUCUACAUAGAAGUAUAUCCAGGGACCUAUUCUGUCACUGUGGGCUCAACUGCCUUGACCAAGAAGACUCAUGUAGUAGCAGUUGAUUCAGGACAAAGUGUGGACUUGGUCUUCCCUGUAUGAUGUUGGCCUUCACUGCUAUCACAUCACUCUUUUUUAAGUAGCAAGGAGAAUAAAGUCACCAUAUGAUUUUCUUAAAAACUACACAUUAAUCCUGCUUUUAGUGCUGACUGUAGAGGCCAGCCUUCUUGGGAACUGGAAUCUGUCUCUUUCAGUCCCAUUUUAACUUGAGAGUCCCCCAUCCUCCUUUGCCUAAAAGUAAUAAUGUGAUGAUGCUGUCUGAACAGUUUUUACUACUAGCUUUCCAAGUAAAGUCUAAUUAUGAUAAUAAAGGGAAAGAUUUGGAAACAGAGAA